AUGGGGUGGGCGGCGCGGUUCCUGACGGCGGUGUCGUUCCUGGCCGCGGGGGUCCUCUUCGCGCCCGACGCGCUGGGCGCCGGCGGCGGCGCCGGCGCCGCGGCGGCCGCGAGGCUGGUCCACGUCCUCGCCUUCGCCACCGCCUGGGGCGCCGGGCUCUGGGUCACCUUCGUCGGCGGCAUCGUCAUGUUCAAGUACUUGCCGAGACACCAGUUUGGGAGUCUGCAGGGGAAAAUGUUCCCAGCAUACUUCAUGUUGAUAUCAGCAUGUUCAGCGAUAUCCGUGGCAGCAUUCGCGUACCUGCACCCCUGGAAGACAGCAUCAACCAUCGAGCGCUACCAGCUUGGAUUCCUUAUUUCAGCCCUUGGCUGUAACCUGUCCAACCUUUUGGUCUUCACACCCAUGACCGUUGAGAUGAUGAUGAAGAGGCACAAGAUGGAGAAGGACCUCGGCAUCGCCACCGAGGUCGGGUACUCGAAGAACGCGGAGACGGCAAAGAGGAGCCCCGCCCUUGCAGCCAUGAACCGGAAGUUUGGGACGAUCCACGGGCUGUCGUCGCUGGCCAACAUCAUGGCCUUCGGCUGCCUGGCCAUGCACUCCUGGUAUCUCUCCAGCAAGCUCGACCUGUGA